AUGAGUUUCAAGGCACUUGUGGCUACGGCCGUCGCCGUGCUAUUAUAUAGCAUCGCGCUUGUCGUAUACCGCCUGUUCUUCCAUCCGUUGGCCAAAUACCCAGGCCCUCGCCUGGCAGCCAUCACACAUUGGUAUGCGGCCUUCUACGCGUGGCGGGGAGACCUGCAUAUUAACAGCCGAGCGUGGCACGAUCGUUACGGUGAUAUCGUCCGUUUCGCGCCAAAUGCACUUACUUUCAAUACCGAUACGGGAAUGCACGCUAUUUAUGGUGUUCGAGCGAACGUUGUGAAAUCAGAAGGGUAUAGCUCACUGAGCGCUAGUCGACACACACCCAAUACUCUCACAGCGACCGAUAAAACUACACACGGGUUCAAACGCCGGAUUCUCGCUCAGGUAUUCUCUACCGAGGGAAUCAAAUCUAUCGAAGAGCGUCUUUUGACAAAUUUCCGUGACUUUGUUGACCUGCUGGGCAAAGAGGGCGAUGAAUUUGGCAUUGCUAAGCCCGGACUUGCCUCUGAAAAGGACAAUGAAUGGACGCAGACCAAGCACCUGGCUCCAAUGUGUGACUGGGUUACAUUUGAUGUUAUCAGUGAUCUCUGUUAUGGCAAGGACUUUGAUAUGUUGCACUCUUCUGAUAUGCGCUGGUUCCCAUCGGUGGUUCUCAAAAUCACACAGCGCAGCAUGACUACUCUUGUCCAGUCAAAGUUUUGCAAUUUGAAAAUUGACCGAUUCUUCAUGUCGUCGAAGUUCAAAGAUAUCGUGAACGCUGGUGAUCGAAUUGGCGAGCGUUCAAAGGCUCGCCAACGCCUUGGAAAUGACAUUGAGAAGCAAGAUCUCUUUUACCAUAUGAUGAACACUGCGGACCCUAAAACUGGAGCUCAUUUCACUUCAAAAGACCUCUGGGUGGAGUCGAUGCUCCUGAUGACUGCUGGCGCAGAUACUACUGCCACAGCAAUGGCGGGCACAUUUUUCCAUCUGGUGCACAAACCAGAUCUCCUCGCCCGCCUAGUCUCUGAGCUCCGCACUACCUUUGCCGAUGAAGAAGAUAUUCACAUGGGACCAGAACUCGACUCUUGCGAGCUUCUUCAAGCCUGUAUCAACGAAACCAUGCGCCUUGCCCCGUCUGUCGCAACGACGAUCCCACGUACCGUGCUGAAAGGGGGAUUGAUGGUUGACGGGCAUUUCAUUCCCGAGGGUACCAUGGUCGGAACAACAACGUACGCCGUACACCGAAACCCUAAUUACUUCAGCUGCCCCGACGCAUACUUCCCCGACAGAUGGAUCGUUAACCCUGAACUUGGAGUCGACGAACAAAGCAUCAAGACUGCCAAGCAGGCAUUUGUGCCAUUCAGUUCUGGGGCUCGUUCUUGUGUUGGGUGGAAGCUUGCGUGGGCCGAGUUGAACGUGACUAUUGCUAGAGCAUUGUUCCGCUAUGACAUGCGGCUAGCGCCUGAUGCUCGCUGCUGCGGUGGGAAGAGGAAUGACUGCGAUUUCAAGCUGAAAGGAUGGGUGACAUCAGCAGUGGAAGGGCCGUGGGUUCAGUUUAAAGCUCGAUCCUGA